CCGCUUUCAGACCAGAGUCGACAUGGAGAGAAGAUUCGCUGUGACUUUCCUUCUUCUGCUGCAUCUUCUGAGCGUCAACUGCAUCUCCAGUCAGAAAACUACAGUCUCCUGGUGCGUGCUGUCGGACGCCGAGGAGCAGAAGUGCCUGGACUUAGCCGGCAAUGCCACGGCCAGGAAUGUGAGGGGAUCGCUGGCGUGUGUCCGUGGCGUGAGCACCAGAGACUGCAUGGAGAAAAUCAAGAACGGCACAGCAGAUGCAGCUUCGAUGUUUGCAGAUGAUAUCUACGCUGCGGGUCUCUGCCAUGGCCUGGCGCUUGCAGCAGGAGAGUCUCAUAAUGGAGUAGAUGGAAUCAGCUACUACGUGGUGGCAAUGGCCCGCCGCUCCUCUUCAGACCUGUCCUUGCUGGAGAUGCACGAGCGCAGCUCCUGUCACCCCGGCGUCCGUACCACGGUGGGCUGGACGGUUCCCAUCGGCUACUUGGUUAACACAUCCCAAAUCAGCGUAGGAGAGCAGUGCAAUUUCCCCAAAGCGGUGGGGAACUUUUUUGGUUACAGCUGUGUGCCCGGCAUUAAGGAUUCUCUGCACGAUCCCCGAGGCAACAACCCGAAGAACCUCUGUGAAGCAUGUAUAGGAGAUGAGAACGACAGACACAUCUGUGCCAACAAUCACAGGGAGAGACAUUACGGAGAGGCAGGGGCCCUGAGGUGUGUUGCUGAGAACCUCGGUGAUGUUGCGUUUGUCAAACACACAACAGUCUUUGACAAUUCGGAUGGCAAGAAUCAGGAAUCCUGGGCCUUGGACUUGGAGCUGGAGGACCUUAAGCUGCUGUGUCCAGAUGGGACAGAGGCAGGUCUGGACGAGUAUCUGCGAUGCCACCUGUCAGCUGUCCCCGCCAAUGGCGUUGUGGUGCGAGUGGAGGAUAAGUGCCGCGUCUGGAAAUACCUGGAGCGUUUACAGAAUGUGUUUGGCAACGCCACCGAGGGCUUCAGCCUGUUCAGCUCGGCAGGCUACGGCCAAUCCGAUCUGCUGUUCAGCGACGCUACCCACCACCUGCAGAGAGUUCUGGGUAGCUACACCUCUUGGCUGGGCCCCAGUUACACCACCAUACUGCAGGCCUUCGAGUGUGAGGGCUUCUGCUGAUGGAAGAGGGGGAAGAUACCCAGCGCAUCAACUUCCACCCCGUCCUGCUGUCUCCCUGCUAGUGUUCUGCCUUCCCGCCCUGCCAUCUGUGUCCCUCUGCUUUAACACUAUUUUCAUUUUUUUUUCUAUUGCUUUGUGUUUUAUAUUUGUUUUGUUCCUGAAUCUCACCACCCAUCUCUCUCACUUUAGUCAAUGUCCUUCACUAACUUGCUGUGUUGUCCAGCAUAGCAGCUGUGAGGAAAGCCAACAUCGGGCUAAUCAACUUUUAAAAACUCUGUAAAACAAGAUGGGGGUGGGAGGGAAAGGGGUAGAAAAUAUGACAUAAUUGGGUAAAAUACAUAAUAAUAAUGUAGAAUAUAAUAGUUUUGGUACCCGUGGUAAUUACAGAUGAUCUCUGUUUAUGUUUUAAAUCAAACUUUCAAACAGUGACCCAUGAGUUUGACCUUCAGAAAUCAUCUGAACACCACAAAAACAUCCUGCUAACUGUUUCACUCCUGUGUGUCUGUUGGGGAAUUGCAUCCUUCUUAGUCCAAAGCUUCAGGACCGCCACCCUCUCACCUCCUCCUCACAGGGUCCGUCUCUGGCACUGAACAACUGGGUGCUAUUAACGUUGACAUUAGGAGUCUCAGUUACUGUAUCAGUGUGUGUGUGCGUGCACGCGUGUGCGUGUGUGUGUGCUUGGGAGAAGCAUGCACGCUUUCCCACAGCCACUAUUGCCCUAAUUGGCGAUAUGGUGUGUUUUAUAUCGCUGGUGUGUGAUAGAAGAAAUGCGUGUGCACGUGUGUGUUUAUGUGUAGCUGUUGGUAGGGUUGCUUCUCUCCCAUGGCUUGUGUAGCUCGCCAUUUUGGAUCAGUGCUUUCUCACGUCUGGCAUGGUGGGCCUCACCGUGCCAGCACACUGUGUAUUGUAACGCUAUGCAAUUUGGAGGAAGAUCGUUGAGGCUUGCGUCGCUUCUAUUGCCCCCAUAGGGAUUCUUGACUGAAAUAAAUUUCUUCAUUACUUCACAUCAUCAAGAUUUCCACACUUUUACUCUUCAAAAUGUGCCUGCUUGUUUUUCUUUUUCUUUUUUUUUUUUUGUCCACAAAAAAUGUACAAUUCCAUUCAAAAUUAUGAAGCCCUUCAAGCUUUUCCACAUUCUGAUAAAAGGUUGCCCACAAACUUCAGUGGAUUUUAUUGGGUUCUUAAGAGAAAAACCAAUAAAAUCACUGCCUAUUUAUGAAGUGGAAGGAAAGUGAAACAAACAAACAAAACAAAACAGUUAUAAACAAGUAUAUUGCCCGGGUAUAUUGAACUUCCUGCCGUUCUUCUUUUCAACAUAGCUGAACCACAGUCAGACGAAAAGGAAUGCAUCUGUGAACAGCAAUUUUUAGGUUUUGCUUCAGAAUCCCAGUGGGAUUUAGGAUUGGAAUGUCAAGGUUAUUGUCCUGUUAAAAGGUCAACAUCUGUCAUUCCCAAGUCUUUUAGAGCUCUCAACAUGUUUCUUCACUCAUGGCGCCACCUUCAGAGAGUGGCACAAAUUCUUUAAACAAGAAAGUCGUCCAUAGUUGUUGCACCUUGAAACCAGAUUUUCUUUCCUCAUGACUAGUUGGUCGGUGGGGAGAUUGUGCCUCCCAAUCAGUUUUUCUGAUUGGGAGGCACAAAAACACUUGUGCAACAACCAGAAUGAUCACCUUUAGACUUUGACCGGCUUUCCUGUCGCAUCUCCAUGAAGUCACACCGCCACCACCAUGCUUCACAGGAGAGAUGACAUUUUAAGGUGCAAUGUUGGUUUUCCAACAUACAUUUUGUUUUACAAGUUGGGCAAAAAGUUGAUGUAUCUGACAAGAAAACCACCUCAUUGCAGAACAACCGAAAUUGGUUAAUUAUAAAUGAUUAAUAGAAUUGUGUUGAGUAGAAGAGACAAAAAUUGGUGCCACAUAUUUUGAAUUUAUAUAGUCUCUGCCAUAUAAACCUAAAAUAAACUGAAGUUUGUCAUUGCACUAUAAUAAAACAAGCAAAAGUUUAAGAGGUAUGAGUAAUUUGUAGCUGAAUGUUAGAAAGAGCCACUCACACGAUUGCACUCUCGGCUGGGUUUGUCACUCAACAUUAGUCGGUUUAGGUCUUUUUGGUAAUCAUUUAUGAUUCUGGUUACAGGGGAAAGUCAGAUAAGUUUGGCAACUACAGAUAAAAUCACUUACCACGUUAUAGCUGCUUGAUCCUCUGUCUCCUCUUCUACAAAAGUCGGAAUGGUCAAUAAAUUUCAGCCUUUUAAGAGUCACUUGCUUUUGUUUCCCCCACCGCUUCCGACAUAAACUGGACGAAGUCCUUCUCAUCAGAUUGGGCUUUUUGAAUGCUUGCAUGAAGCAUCCAGAGUUGGUCCAUUGGCAGGACUUUGAAAGAGCUCUAUUUUUCUUUCAACUUGGGUAUGUAUUGUUGGUGCUUUUCUUGACACUGCUUUAAACACGGCUUAAUGUAAAUAAGUCAUCUGUGCCUGAAUGUGUAGAGCUGCAAACGUUCCCUUUUUUCAAUCAAUUAAACAAUGAAGAAAAAAUAAUU